GAAGCCUACUUCAAAGAGCAGUCUGAGAUCAAGGUCACGCUGGCCGCGGCCAGGCCGCUGGGUCAGCGGCUCCGCGACCUGGGGGCGCAUAUCAACCGCCAACAGAAGUUAUGCCAAGACCAGGAGCGGAAGCGGGACAACUUCCGUGAGCGGAAGGCGCACCUUCAAGAGCAGGGGGACGCAGCCACUAAGCAGUUGGCGGAGAUUGAUAAGCCGAUGGAGGAGUCUCAGGGCCUCUUGGUCCCGCUCGACGGCCUGGGCGAAGUGUCCACGGCGCUCGGGGUUAACCGCGAGCUGGCGGAGCGGCCCAAGACUGACCUCGAGUAUCUGCGCAAGCUGGAGGCUGAAGCCCGCGCCAAGCAAGCUGAGCGUGCUGGGCGCCAGGCCGCAGAGCGAACAAGUCAUGUGCAAGCUGAGGCGCGGGCUCCAAACGAAGAGAUGGCUGUGGACGCCAAGGGCGAGCAGAGUCUGCUCGAGGAGGUGGCCAAUGCGGGAGGUGGCAAACGUAGGGUCGCUGAAAUCUUCGAGGCGCACGGGGCCAAGGUCAAGUGGACCAAGUCUGCGCCCUCCGUGUCGCAGGAGGAACAUCAUGCCCGUGUCGAGGGCGGCGGCCUGGCCAAGGCACAGAAAUACGCAUUGGCCGAGGGUAUCCAUGGCGUUUGGGGGCCCGCUCUGCCUGGGGCGGGCGCUGGGGCGCAGGCAGGCGUGGCCAUCUUGGCGCCCGGACGAGUGUUGGUCACUACCCCGCCAGGCCUAGGCGGGCCCACGCUGGGGCCUGGCAGGGCGGCAGCCGCGCGCGUCAGUUGCGGCGGCCGAAGGGGCGUCGUCAUGGUCUCGGUCUACCUUCGCGUCGACGAGCAGCUGUCGUCCGAGAACCUGGUCAUGCUUUUCAAGCUCUACAAGUGCCUCCAGGCGCUGGAGGCGAUGCAGUUGCCGUGGAUCGUGGGCGGCGGCUUCAACAGGGAGGUGUCGCAGCUGGGGUCAUUGGCUUGGUUGCACUCCGUCAACGGCGUGGCCACUGUCGGCGAGGCUGACACUUGGCCACGCCUGCCCGUGACCAUCACGAUGCGGGCGAAGCCCCAGGACAUGUGGAUCAGGGAGCUGGUGCAGCCGAAAGGGGUCAGCAAGGCCCCCAAUGCAGAGUGUGCGCGGCCGCCUUCCGACUUGGGGCCGCUCCGCCACCGAGCUCAGGAGGCCGCCGCUGCGCUGGAUAUGGCACAUGUGUGGGGCCAGUUGCUGCUUGGCAUCGAGUUUGGGUUGCAGGGGAGGUUUGGUAUUGUUGGACCGUGUACCGACAUAUUUACAAGGAAUGUAGGCCCCUCGGCGCCCGAGUGGAAGAAGUGCGAUCCCGCGGAGUCUGUAUCCUGGAAGCGCAAGGCACCUGGCGUUGCGGCGUGGGCAACGGCUGCGCGGUGGGCUCGCCACUUUCGCAGGGUACGCACGGCCCUGCAGGCGUUCGUGUUCAAGUUAGCCAGCCCCGCGUUCAUUCUCUCGUCGGUCAACCAUUGCGAGGGGGAGUUGCGUGAAAGCUCUCCACAGUGUGACGGCAG